AUACAGGGUAUGAUAUUUGUCUUUGACCUAGCACAGUAGCCUUGUUUUGACAUUUUGUGAUAUCACGCAGAAAAUAUAAUUGCCUUUUAAUUGCUUUAUGAGGAGGCUAACUCACUACCUGGGAUGGGACGGCUGCAGUAUGUCCUGAGGAUUUGACCUCGCAGGACAACCUCUGGGUCUACACGUCGGUCGUCUGUGUGUAAUAAUCUUCAGUGGUAAAGAUAUUUAAGCAACUGCAGGGAGCUUUAUUUGUAUCCCGGAAGUAUAACUGUGAGGUCGUCAUGGGGAGCAAAGUCAGCUCCAAAAUGGCAGCUCCGGCCGCUCGAGUUAUCCAGCAGGCUAUUCGGCCUCACGCACCUCUCAUCAAGUUCCCCAACAGACAAGAGUUCCCAAGGCCCAAUGUCGUAGAGGUAUUGAAAACCUUAGUGGUUAACACUUCUCCACACAAGGCUCCAGCGCCGCCUCCAAGACCUCAUGUACCUUUGACCCCGAUCUCUGGCACGGCGGACAGCCUGGCCUCCAUUCAGCUUCUCCCUGCGAGGUACCGCAGGAGACCCAUGACAGUGGAGGAAAUGGACUACAUCCAGCGUGGGGGACCAGAGUGACAUGAAGCAACUUGUUCACUGCAACCAAAGUCCUUAUUUGUUAGAGAUUAUUACUUGUCUUUAACUAUGUUAUUCAGCACAAGAUAACCUAUUGCCACAUGAGACAUGAUGUAGAAUAAAGUAUUGCAUAAAGCCUGUUAAAAUGUACAUAUGAUUAUUUUAGAUGUGUUUGUAUUUAAGUUCAUACUUGAGGGAUAUCUUCAUUGUAUUACACACAGCAGAGCUUUAACAAUAGCAGGUUCCAUUAUAUCCUGUAUAGGGACAGCACAUAUUACCCACAGGCUUCUUUUAAAACCUUGGUUUUUACAUUAUAGCAGCUCAUCUAAAGAUUUUCCUAUUAUCUUGCACUUCCCCUGCUAUAUCACCACACCUUAAUUGUAGCAUGAGGCUCUGGUACAUACAAGAAAAUGAUAAGGUUAGUUUGAUUUUCAUGUCUUUCACUGCAAUACAUUGACCGAUCUGUGUGUUAGAAUACAUAAGGCAGAAUAUGCUGGAUCUCAAGUUGCAAAAGUAAGGAGUGAAAUGGUGUUCAGUUCAUGUGAACUACUGCUGGAUUCAAACUAUUAAAAGAAUAUUGUAUUUUA